CAUUGCAGAGGUAAACGAAAAAAUCGAAAAUACAGAUUUGAACGAUGAGACAGAAAAAAGUAUUGAUGUAAAAGAAAAUAUAAAGAUGAGCCCAAAGAUCAGUAAGAAAGUAUUUACGGUACAAGCGGAUAAAAAUCAUGGCGAUGAAAUUUUGAAUGGAGGAGCGGACGAAAAGAUUCAAGAACAUGAAUCGACACAAAUUCUUGAGACAACAGAAGAAGAGGAUAAAAGAGAACUGCAGAAUUUGACGUAUACUUUGGAUCUCGCAUCACUAGAGGUAGAUGUUAAAGAUCAAAAUCUACCAAUGGAGUCAAUUGAAAAUAUUGGCGAAGAAUUCAUUGCAGAGGUAAACGAAAAAAUCGAAAAUACAGAUUUGAACGAUGAGACAGAAAAAAGUAUUGAGGUAAAAGAAAAUAUAAAGAUGAGCCCAAAGAUCUGUAAGAAAGUAUUUACGGUACAAGCGGAUAAAAAUCAUGGCGAUGAAAUUUUGAAUGGAGGAGCGGACGAAAAGAUUCAAGAACAUGAAUCGACACAAAUUCUUGAGACAACAGAAGAAGAGGAUAAAAGAGAACUGCAGAAUUUGACGUAUACUUUGGAUCUCGCAUCACUAGAUAUUCCUUACACUGAAGCUGACAUUAUGACGUUUCCGUUGGAUGAGAAUAUUUUUGUAAAUGUGGAGACAAUGGGAAAAGGAUCCAAUCAAGAAACGUAUUCUCAAAAACCACGAAUUAUAAGUGAUGAAAUUUUCAGUUUUCCAUUACUGCAGCUUGAUGAACAGCAAGAAACGGGAGGAAACAUCUCGGACAUUAUUAUGAAAUACCCUGAUUCACAAAGUAUGACCUUUGUGGGUCAGCCCACAAUGAGUUCAACGGUUUUGGAGUUCGAAAAUACCGAAGAAACCAACGAACCGAAUGAUGAGGAAUAUGUACCGAUUGCGAAUUCAUCUGAUUCGGAUACGAACACAUCUGUAGAUGAAACUCCUGAAAAAACAUCAAAACCGUCGAGAAAAACAUCUUUGAACAUCACUUUGGGUUCGAACAAACCGGGUAUGUCUGCUCCUGAUGAUGCAGAUUUAAUAGUGGGAGAUUCAAGCAGUGCACCUCACUUGAAACGAAAUUUCUGUUUUUACUGCCAGAAAUUGCAAGCAAAAAUCGCUCGACAUCUCGAAACUGUCCACGCCAAAGAGGAAGAUGUGAAAAAAUUUGCACAACUUCCUCCGAACAAUAAAGAGAGAAAAACAAUAAUUGCGAUGCUCCGAAAAAAAGGAAAUCAUCUAUUUAAUAACGAUAAGCGAUUUAACAACGGACAGCUCUUGGUAUGUCGUCGCCCAAAUCAGAGAAUGCAUAAAUCUGCAAGCGAUUUUAUUGCCUGUGGUAAUUGCAAAGGCCAAUAUGCCAAAUCGGUAAUAAGACACCAUUUCCGGAAGUGCACGCAAAAAACGACGGGUCCUGAACGACUUGCAAUGGUCUGUGGGCGAAAAGUGAUUGCACGUCUGCAUGAAAAAGCAAACCAUUUAGUGCGUCGAUACAUUUUUCCGUAUCUGCGCGAAGACUCGGUCGUGAGAGGUAUCAGAUACGAUGAACUGAUGAUCUUGUACGCCAAUAAGCAAUGCGAAAAAUAUGGAUCACAUCAGCACCAUUUCCAAAUGAUUCGCGCGCGCCUUCGCCUGCUAGGCCGAUUUUUGGCAGAAAUGAAAAAUAUUAAUCCUGGGAUCAAAAAUUUUGCUGAUGUUUUUAUUCCACGAAAUUAUGACGCAACUGUUGACGCUGUCAAAAAAGUCGCAGAAUUCAAUGAAGAAGAACGAAGAUUCGCACAUCCAGCAGUAGCUACAAAUUUAGGAACUCUCUUAAAAUAUUGUGGAGAUAUUCUUCGUUCUGAGUACAUCAAAAACGAAAACGAACUAAAUCAAAAACGUGUGGAAGACUUUUUGAAAUUGCUUGCAGAGGGGUACGGAACCAGCAUCAACCGAGUAGCCACCGAAACGCAGGCGCAAAAUAAUCGGCGAAAAAAAAUUAGUCUACCGUCAACUGACGACAUUAAAAAGUUUUAUGACUACCUAUCAGCUGAGCGCAUCAAAUAUUUCGAAUCGUUGAAGGAAAAAUUCUCAGUGUUAGCAUGGAGGAAACUGGCAGAGACAACUGUGCUCUCUCUUUUGAUCUUCAACCGUCGACGUCCAGGAGAGAUUGAAAGACUGUACGUCGAGGAUUUUCAACACCAUCAAACAAUCGAUAGUAUUGCUAAUAAAGAUGCGUAUGCGGCUUUGUCAGAUGAAGGAAAAAAAUUAGCGCGAACUUAUGUCCGGUUGGAAAUUCGAGGAAAAUUGGGGCGCGGCGUACCAGUUCUUGUGCAUUCCACAAUUUUCGAAUGUCUGGAACUGCUUCUUCAUCACAGAGAAAAUGCUGGAAUUUCACCCAAAAACCCCUACCUCUUUGCGUUGAUCUCUAAUGACAAAGAUCGUUUUCGAUAUCUAAGAGCCUGUAAUUUGAUGCGGAAAUAUUCUAUAGAAUCUGGAGCCGUCAUACCAAAUUCACUUCGUGCAACAAAGCUAAGGAAACAUCUUGCUACGCAUUGUCUAAAUUUGAAUCUUUCGAACGGUCAAGUUACAGAUUUGGCGAACUUCAUGGGCCACGAAGAAAAAAUUCAUAAAAAUAUUUAUCGACAACCUGUACUGCAAACUGACAUCGUGCAAAUGUCAAACAUUUUAAAACUCGCUCAAGGUAUAGAUGAUGAAUCUUCGUGUGAAUCGGAAAAUAGCGAGGAAGCAGUAUCUGACGAUAACGGAGGACAAAGACGAGAAGCAGAUAGCUUUCAAACUGAAUAUGAUUCAUUAUCCCCGAAAAAUCCGAGAAGAUGGACAUCUGAGCAACGAAAGAUUGUAAUGGAUCGUUUCAAGUCACAGCUUCAAUUAAAUGAAAUGCCGACAGGUCGUGAUAUGCAAAAGCUAAUUGACAAAGAAAAAUGUCUAAAAAAUAAAAAUGUACCGCAAAUCCGAUCGUGGCUACACAAUCAAAAAAAAAAACUCGGCUGA